AUGGCGAUGAAAGAGCUGCUCCGAGUUCACAGGGAAAUCCGAGACGUGAACGAUGACUUCCAUUCCCUCAGGACAGUUCUCAAAGAAACCGAUCACAAGUCAAAAUGGAACUUCAUCAUGUUUCCCAACGAUGGAGCCCUCUCACACCUCCCACUGAUUGGCGAGCUCGUCAUUCCUGAGCGAUACCCUAUUGAUCCGCCCGUCCUGCAUCUUUUCACCAAAACACUACGAAUGAAUGUUGAUGUCUAUCAGCAUCGUCUUCGCGAUGAUACCCAAAGUACCAUGUGCUUUGACAUCCUACGUCCCAAAGCAUAUGGAGGAACAUGGCAGCCCGAGUACACAAUCUCCUGUCUCUUUGCGAGUUUGAUGCAGGCCCUAGUGACACCGAUGGUCCCUCAAGAUUACGGUGGUGAUAAGCCGGAAUUUGUCACCAUGGGAAGGCUAGAAGAGGUGAAGGGCCAUGUGGAAAAGACGUACCGCGCUCAUAAGAAUCAUAUUGGAUGCCUGCCCACAAUACCUACGAUUGCGGCCACGCCCAUCCCAGCACAGCCUCUGACUUUCAGCCGACCUGGAAAGGAUGAGACCCUGAAAUCUCUCGAUUUUGUGAAAGAGAACAUGUACACCAGCCAGGCCAUUUACCUUCAAGAUUUCGAGCGCCCGCAGUUCUGGUCAACCCUCUUGGAUCUCAGAAACUUGCAUCCAGGCGUUGUGUUCUCGGCAAUCCUUUCAAAUAAACCUGGUGUCGAUUUGGUGGGCAGGAAAGCUGACACCAUUCUCCUUCGAAAUGGAGUCACUGGAACUGCGGCAAAGAAGCGGGAGAACUUACCUCUGGUAUGGUUCUACCAUGGAAAACCACUGAAUGAUCAAAACCUCUCACUCUCCAUAACCAUCACAAACGACCAAUUUACCAUGGCAUACAAGGCAGAGGGAUCAGACCAGUUCUUGGUUCACGGAGACACUCCAAUCUCCAAACUUGGAGAGGCUCAAAUUGGCAACGUCAAGGGAAUUCCAUUCUACUUGACAAUCUACUUAAAGCGCAAAUCAGGAGAUGAAGGGUUCAUCAGUGUGCUCGAUCAAGAGGAAACAGGCUACAUCCAUGUAAAUUUGACCACCCUUGCCGUCCAUCAGCCGUCUAAGCCGACAAACCGUCCAAUCAACUCAGUCAGAUUGAAUCUCGGGAGUGAGCAGACUGCCCGUCUCCAAGGUGUCAUUGAUGUCUAUGGCUUGGGCUUGGAUUUCAAGGUUCAAAGAGGUAUUACAAAGCCGGCGUAUCUGAAGUUGGCUUCUGGUGGUGAUAUGCCCGAAAAGGAAUGGACCGAGAUAGUCAAAGAUGUGUACGGCCCUCUACGCGACAAGCCGGUUAAGGCUGAGGUCACAGCUAUUGCAGCUGAUAAGUAUUGCGUCGUCCUGAUCUUGAACAAUCACUGCCGUUCUGAGAAAGAGACUGAGAAGGAAGAAGAUGAGGCGCAGAAAGAAGAGGCGAAUGAGAAAGGGGAAGAGGAGAAGGAGCGAGAUGAGGAGAAGAAUGAAGGAGACGAGAAGAAUGAGAGUAAGGAGGAGGAGGAACGCAACCUCCUCCCCGCGGACAAAUUGUCCUGCAUCACGAUGCGCUUGCGGGACGAGUCAAUCAAGGCUGAUUAUCCUGCGAUUUUCGCUCAACGAGUGAUUGAAGAGCAUGCAAAGGACUGGGUAAGUGUCGGGGACAUAUACAUUCAACUGCCCCAGCCAAUCAAAAUCACAUGUGAUGUGGAGUUUGAGGGAUGA